AUGUCCAAUCCAAUUCAGCUAGUCGAAGCUACAGCACUCCGAGACGAUGAUGAACUAGAAGGAACUCUUUUGCCAGCUUCCUUUCCCGUGGCCGGUGGCGAAACUGUUCCACUCGCUGCCACUGCUUAUCCAAUUGACAAUUUUGAAUACAACCAAGCCACCAUGGCUCGUGCAGAGGCACAGUAUCAACAGGAAGAACAGACUCAACAAGAAGCUUAUCCGCUAGAACAAAACGAAAGAACCGCCCUCAGCGAUGACUCUCGAACCCGCGUCAAGUACGGGGCACGAACUGGCAUGAUUCAGCAGGAAGCCGAGAAUGAAGCCAUUCGACGCAGCAACCGCAAGGUUUUUACUCACGAUUACCGUGAAAGACAACUCAUAAAAGAGGCCAAUCGCAAAGCCCGGACAGUAGACACCCUGGAACGAAUGGGAAGGACACCGGCCAUGACGGAAAAUCGACAGUCCACCUCAAGUAAUACCACGCCUGCUCGUGCAGAAAAGAAGAAUGCUGGUGCUCCAACAACGAAAAAAUCAUCAUCCGCUGGUAGUGGUUACAAAAUGGGAGGAUACGAGGUGAAGGAAUACAACAUUGGUAGCUACGACUGCGGUAAUUACAAUAUUUCGGAAUACAAGAGUGUAUAUGACUGA